AUGGUUGAACAAGGUUCCAAUAGGGACCACAGUAAAGUGACUCUUAAAGAAAUACUGAAGGGGUAUGGGCAGCCUAUCAGUGAAGAGCAAGCUUGGGCUCUUUGUUUCCAGUGUUGCAACAAACUGAAGCAACUUCUAUGGGGGUCCAUGCAGGAACCAGUGUUGAGAGGAGUGGACAACAUUUUAAUUCAUCAGGAUGGCACUGUCUCAUUUACAGUCUGCCAGGGUAAGGAAACCUGCAGUCUAACUCUAGAGAAACAUGAAGUUAAACCCAGUGAGAUAGAGAUUAUAAAAGAUCUUGGACAGGUGAUUUAUAUUGCACUAGACUGGGGACUGACCAAUGAUCUGGAACGUGCGCUAAGUGAACCAUUAGAUCACUUGCUGCAUCUUAUGCUGGGCCUCCACACUGCAGCUUUUGAUACAAAGAUGUAUUUGCAGGAUACCAUAACUUUUAAUGAAGUUAUACAGCUUUGUUCAGAAAGGCUUUUUACCCCUUCCAAAGCAUCUAGUCACUACCGAACCGUUUGCAGGGUCUACUUUGCUGAGCACAAGGAAUUUGGCAAGCUCUUGUUGACUAUCGAGAGAUCCAAGAAGAAACUAAAACUACUAGAUUCUGAAGAUAAGGAGGCACUGAUCCUCUUUGACAACUGGGGUAAUGUCCUUAAUGAGCUCCGUUUAGGCGUUAAACUACGAAAGGCUAAAGAACGAUCUUUCCAAGGGUUACCAGUUGAGUACACCUUUUCACCAUAUGAGCUUCUGAUGAAUGACAUCAGACAGAAGCGCUACACCCUUAGAGAAGUAAAGGAUAAGGAAAAGACUAAAAGAACAAACCGUGAAGGCAACUUCAAUACAGAGUUAUUUAGCUCACAAACCCUUAGACCGGCAUCUGCAAGAAAGUUAAAAGAGAGGUCCCAAGAAGAGCCAUCUUUACAUGAAAUGUUAAUGACAGAAAUAAAAUCUGGCCAGAAGCUCAGACAAUCAUCAAAAAGAAUGAAACAUUCAAUACAAGAAGAUGAAGACUCUGGAACUCAAAGUAAUUUGUCAUCUACUCCAAGCAAUGACUCCCUUCCCUCUUUGGAUUACCCAGUAAAGAGCAGUCGUAGGCGACUUCAGACAGUUGGUCACAUGGACAUGGAAAGUGAUGGAGAAAGCAGCUGGCAAUCAAAGUAUAGUUCUGAAUCUUCCUCAGACAGAAAAUUCUCAGACCUGACCUCCAGCAUAACGGACUUGAUGUUUGUUCCAGUACUGACCUCAUCCCAAGUCGACCUAAAAACAGGAAGCUUCUUAAAUAACGACAAACUGAAAUAUUUUGGUCAUAGACGCUCCAGGUCCUAUGAGAUAUCUUUACAGAAGAAUGGCUGUAGACAGAAUCCCCAGUUUCCCAGAAUAUGCUCACCACCUACAAUUGCAGAGCUGGUCCCUGCUAGGAGAGACAUCAUAAAAGCAGAGGUUGUGGACUUCCUGCAGUGCAAUGGUUACUCUACAUUCUCUGGGAGCAGGGUUUGCUUUAGCUGCCACAAGAAGAGACUCUUCUUUACAUGGCCAUAUACUUGCAAAUUUUGUGAAAGGGUGAUCUGCCCAGAAUGUUGUGUUGAGAUGUUGAUGCCGUUUAAACAAUGCAUGCACUUACCAGUCAGCUUCUUCAAAACUUUAGUACUUACCCAGGAGGACAAUCCAGCUUGUCAUCAGCAGAAGGCACAGAUGUUUUUCAGGGAAACCAUGCACUGGGAUUGCUCAAGUGUCCCUCUGGUGUUUGAACCCCAAGACCUAGUCGAUGGUGAUCCUUUUCACAAAAAGGCAAUGAAGAACUGGCCUUCUAUGGACAUAUGCAUCAAAUGUGAAGAGUACAUCUUAGAGAUGGUGGAUGGGAGCAAAGCAUGUGCGCUUCCCAGUGAGAGGCGGAGGUUACGGUGCAGCUGUGAAUCAUUUUAG